AACGUUACUGAUUUCAAAAGUACUCAAAAUUUCGUGUUUUGUAUUAUAGAUAAUAAUUUUAUCAAAUGACGUAUAUUUUACAAAUAAGUUAACCUUUCACAUGUGCUUGAAAGUUAAAUAAACAAGAUAUAUCUCCAUUUAAUGUCUGAUUAUAUUAAAGAACCAUGGCUUUAAAUGCAGAGUGUUUGCCUAUGGAAUCAAAAAAGUUAUUUGUACCUCCAUUACCUGAGCUUGCAAAAGUUAUCCAAAAAACUUUACUUACAAACUUUGCUGAAGUAUGUGUAGAAGUGGUAGACUGUCCAGAUUUAACUAAAGAACCUUUCACAUUAGCUGCUAGUGGUUUAAGUGGUAGUCAAAAACUAGUUGAAAUCGGUGGUAACCCCUACUUAUUACCAUGUGUUCAACGAGAGAAAAUAUACGAAUUAAAAGACAUUGUUAAGCUUGUCAAAUCCGAUCCUGCUUUUAUUAUUGGACCAGGAGCAGGACCCAAUCCUUAUAUUGGGGCAAAUUGUGAGGGAAUCUACAAUUUGUUGAUCGAAAGUGGAAGUGUGACUAAGCAACUAACCAGGAUAUCAAAAGUUGAUGAAAACGACGAUAAAUCCGUUCAAAUUUUACUUCCCGAUAAUGAAACACGUUUAGCGUUACUUGGAAAUUUAUAUUUCUCAGAAGGAAAACCUGGAAAGGUUAUUAAAGUACAUGCUAAAAAACGAAUUGGUGAACAUAACCUCAUUACUGCUAUCAGAACUGCAGUUGAAAAUGAAUACAAGGAUAAACUAGUGGGUAUCGGAGGAGUUUUCUUAUUAAAAGAAGGCAAAGCAAAACAACACGUGAUGAGAGAUUUUUCCAAAACACCAAUUAAAAACGAGGAGAUGUUGAAUAAAUGGUUGAAAUUUUAUAAUAUGUCAGCGCCUUUAAUUGCUGUCGGAACGUUGGUUAAUGGAGAUGGGGGAUUAGAUUUACGUGUUCAACAUUUCCAUAGUUUCAGUCAUCACGGAGAAGCUGGUCACUACCACUACGAUACAACCCCCGAAACCGUGGAAUAUUUGGGGUAUUUCAAUGUAGGAGAAGAAAUAUACAGAAUCGACAGACCAAUUAAUACUCAUACUUGGGGUAGAGACUGAAAGAAAAGAAAGAUCCACAUGUUAAUUUAGAAAAUUCUAAAUUUUUGUUGAAAAAUAUAUUUAUUUUUUGUUUUCA